AUGCAUGGUGUUGAUCGCAUUUCAACCUUCAAUGAUGGCUACUGGGCUUUUCUGCCCAAUCUAGAUUUACUUAAACAUAUUCACGAAACUGUGAUGCUUGAGCAUCGACGCCGGAGUCCGCGCUGGACGAACUGGACCGAGGACUUUGUCAAAGUAACACGAGAGUUCCAAUUUAUUUCGAUACGUUACUUUGAGGAACCAGUCUCCAUCUUACACCGUCAGCACCCCGUCUAUUACGACUAUGCUGAGUAUCGCGCGCCGUAUGACACUAUGCCACCACUCCGCUGCCACGUACACCCUUAUCUAGCGAUAUUUAAUACAGUCACUAAGCUGAACAGCAACCCCCUCCUGGCCAUUCCCGAACCCCUUCACGAACCCAUCAGGCUCGCUCGCCAGAUCUACGAUUCUUGGAUGACCGCUCGGGUCCCAUCUCUUGCAGGUCUUGUCCGAACUGCCGAACUGACAAAUUGCACACGAGCUGACGUUGAUUCUUCCUCUCCCACCUCCUCCAACUCUUCAGCGCGGUUUUUCAGAGGGUUUUAUCGCCGGCCCAAACGCGAUCCCGGAGUCCCAGAAGAGUGCCUUGUUGGCGGAUAUGAAGGCAAAGAACAAUAUUUUGACGACCUCAGCCACGCGUCAUCGUCCAAUGAACCACUCGGACCUCCUGCGACUGGAAUUCAACACUGGUGGCCCGAUGCUAGUGUCACCUCUUCCGAUAUCGAACGCCACCCGGCCGGGAUUUUUUUCACGCGCAAUAACUACAAAGAAGAAUUCAUACGCAGGAAAGACAUCGACAUCAGCGAAGAUUGCUCUUACUCUUAUGAGUGUGAAGAAGACCAAAUCUGCAGACACGAUCCCGAUGAUACCACAGGUACAAAUGACGUGCAGGGAAGAGGAGAAGUUCAUGGAGGAUAUCGCGGCCGUCGAUAUCGAGCAUCGGAGACAGCAUAUAAAGCCAAUGCCUCGAAUCGUGAAGAAUGCCCUUGUUCUCAACAACCUGCAUUUGUGGCCUACCCGAACCUUGAAGCAACGAGCAUUCGCCGUCGCAAAGGUGAGAAGUGGACGGGAAAGAAGCACUUCUCCGAAUUCCCGGCUCUCAUCCACAAGUCGCCAUUGAGCUACCGGACCCUCAGUCAUUGA